CGCCUCGCGUCAGGACUGUACGCACAUGCGCUUAAGUGCGUCCCUAUCCCCGUCCCCUCCCCCUCUUUCGUAUGGACCCUCCCUGUCCCUUCUCUGUCACCUCACUGUAGUCGUUGCCGGUAGCGGGUGUGGAGGCGCGAGCAGCGCAGGGCGGCCUCUCCUCCGCCCCCCUGGCCGGGCUUGGGCUCGGGCCCCCUCCUCCCUCCGCUUCCCACCCGCGUCGGGUACGGGAAGGUCCAAGCCGCUGCCUGGUGCCCGAGGGCCGUCGUGGCCGCCGUCGCCACGGGUCCAAAUGGAGCCGCCGAAUCUCUAUCCGGUGAAGCUCUACGUGUACGACCUGUCCAAGGGCCUGGCCCGGCGGCUCAGCCCCAUCAUGCUGGGGAAACAACUGGAAGGCAUCUGGCACACCUCCAUAGUUGUGCACAAGGAUGAGUUCUUCUUCGGCAGUGGUGGUAUCUCCAGCUGCCCUCCGGGAGGGACAUUGCUUGGGCCCCCAGACUCUGUGGUUGAUGUGGGGAGUACAGAAGUCACAGAAGAAAUCUUUCUGGAGUACCUGUCCUCCCUGGGGGAGUCCCUGUUCCGAGGUGAGGCCUACAACCUCUUCGAACACAACUGUAACACCUUCAGCAACGAAGUGGCACAGUUCCUGACUGGGCGGAAGAUUCCUUCUUACAUCACAGACCUGCCCUCUGAAGUUCUCUCCACGCCCUUUGGACAGGCACUUCGGCCCCUCCUGGACUCCAUUCAGAUCCAGCCUCCAGGAGGGAGCUCCGUGGGCAGACCCAACGGCCAGAGCUAACAGGACUUCCUGGGACCGCCCUGCCUCACCGGGGCUUUUCCUUUUUAAACAAAACCAACCCUACCAGAGUUCUAUUUUAUAAUUUUACAUCAGAGCUAACAGCCAAGGGACGGCUUUUUAAAUUUCCCAGGGAAGGAGAUUGUCAGGCCGCAUGUAGAUAAUGCUGCUAAGAAACAGAACAAAAUGCCACCCCUUCUAAUGGUAUUAUACUAAUUUAUUAAGGCUGUCUUGUCUGUGAGUUCACUUCUGAUGCUGUUUCCUAAGUGUCCUCCACACUGAAGAAAGGGAGGGGCUUUGUUUAAACAGAAAGCAAGAGGCACGGUUUGGGGGAGCCCCAACCUAGAACUCUUCCAAGAGAACACUCACGCUCUACCCAAGUCACCACCACCUGUGGGACCCAGGUGAGUUUUAGAACGUCCAUGACCUGGAAACAGUCACUCUAGUGUUAAAUGAACCAAAGGAUUUGGUGCACAUGGGACCAGUUUCAGAAUGACUAACCCAACCUAAAUGAACUCUAGCCACAAUCCUCUUCACCUUCCCUCCCUUACCUCAAGCAAAGCCAGUGCUGGAGCAGCCAUUGCCUCAGGAUCAAGGAAGUAACAGCAAGUAUCAGGCUGCAGAAAACAGGAUAAAGCCAUUCCUCCUUCCACCUAGAUGGAUUGCCAAUCCUCUGCCAUCAGUUUUGGGAAACCUGCCUCAGGGCCCCCGAGGCUGCUCUUCCUCAGCAUAGCUGAUGUGUCAUAGUUGAUGAGGUCUGGGCUGGAGCAGCAGAGACCCAGGCCUUUUUUCUGCAGUAAUGAUGUAGGUUAUUUGCAGCCUCUGCAACUACCACCCAGACCAGUAUGCAGAAUUCAGCUGGGGACCAAGGGAUGGGAUUCCCUGCUCUAGGAAAAUACCUUUUUUUUUUAAGACUGAGUCUUGCUCUGUCACCCAGGCUGGAGUGCAGUGGCACAAUUCGGCUCACUGUAACCUUCCAAGUAGCUGGGACUAUAGGCACAUGCUACCACGCCCAGCUAUUUUUUUUAGUUUUAGUAAAGAAAGGGUUUUACCAUGUUGGCCAGGCUGGUCUCUAACUCCUGACCUCAGGUGAUCCACCCACCUCACCCUCCCAAAGUGCUGCGAUUAUAGGCAUGAGCACUGUGCCCGGCUGGAAAAUACCUUUGAUGUAGAAAGAAUAAUGAUGUGAGGCCAGACACAGUGGCUAAAGCCUGUAAUCCUAGCACUUUGGGAGGCCAAGACAGGCAGAUCACUCGAGGUCAGGAGUUCAAGACCAGCCUGGCCAACAUGGUGAAACCCUGUCUCUACUCUCAAAAAUUAGCAGGGCACAGUGGCACAUGCCUGUAAUCCCAGCUACUCAGGAGGCUGAGGCAGGAGAAUCACUUGAACCUGGGAGGUGGAGGUUGUGGUGAGUCGAGAUUGUACCAAUGCACUCCAGCCUGGGUGACAGAGCAAGACUCCAUCUCAAAAAAAAAAAAAAUAAUAAUGAUGUAGAAUCAAGGUGGCAAGAAAAUUUAGAAUCAUUUCUGAUAGGGACUUUCCCUUAUCCUAAAUGUGUUUUGAUGGCACACCUUAUUUCCGUUGUCAUUCUGAUUUUAGGGAAGCAGGUUGGGGCAUGACUGGGCAUUUUCCUAAUGACUUGCUGCUACGAGUCAAUAGGUAGGGAACACAGUCUGGGAGUCUCUAAUCCAGAGAGACUUUCAGAUUCCUUCUCUUCGUGUAGACCUCCCUUAGUUAGAUUUUGGGAAAGUGAGUGUGAAGACGGACUCAGAGCUGCCAGGUGCCCAAGUCUAAGCUCUGACAUCCUUGGGUCCCUUCUGCCACAACUUCCUGCCACUUUGUGGACUUGAAUUAUGUUGCUUCUUCCCAGAAGUCUGGCCUGCAGCAGGGGCCUUUCCUCUCCAAAAAGCUGCUGCUCACUUUUGGCCCCAUCUGCUGCUAUCUUUGCCACUAGCCAUAGCAGUUGCCAUCAUCAGAGUCUCAGCUAAAGGAGAUGUCAUUCUGCCUUAGUGUUUGCCUGAGACCUGACCAGGGGCAUGUCCAGCUGGGAUGUCAAGUGACAUUUGAAAACUUUACAGGCCAAAUGAAUGAACAGUUUAAUUCUUCUCAAGACCCACUGAUUUGCCAGUGUCCAUGGAAAUCACAAAUUAGAGCAGAAACUAGCAGGGACUGUUGUAUAACGGUGAUCUACUGGCAGAUGUGGGCCCAAGGAGAAAGAAUUUCAGAGGCUGGGUUUCUUCUGGGAGGGCAGCAAGUUGGUCUAGGCCAGGGCUUUGUUUCCUAUCAGUGUUCCCUUUUCCAACUUGCCUGGCCCAGCUCUGUCUUUCAGGCUCCUGCUCCAGACCUCUCUGCCUGGGGUCUCCCCUCCAUCCAGGGGAUUCUGGGCACCACAGCUCGUUUUUUUUUUUCUUUCUCCUCUCCCAGAUCCAGUUUCAGCUGGUUUGUUUCUCCCAGCAGGCACCCUGAGACCCACGGGAAGCUCCCCUGAGAGAAUUUUAGUCACUCAUUUCCUUGAACAGCACACCGCUUUAUACUAGCAGCCAUUUGUGCCAUUGCCUGUGCCCUAGGGUUUGUGGGGAGAGAUCAAGGGAUCAGUGAGCAGUUUUCCCAGAGCUCCAUGGGAAGGCAAGCUCUCCCUCCGCUGAUGGGAGCCCCACUGUCACUAACUGGAAACCCAGGCUUGGGCUUCGACUGCCCACCCAUCCUCACAUUUCUGUCUGUCCCAGCAUCUCAGGAGCAUUCUUAUUGUGGCCGGCUAACUCUACCUGGAUGUGAACAGGCAAGCAGAGUGGGAAAUGAGUCACGGACUUACACUGCACACUGGACACCUCCCUAGGUCCCUUGGUUUAAAGGGAUAGGGAAGGGGGAGGGAUGAGACCAUCACCCCCUCCCAGAAGUAAAUCCAGUAUCUGAGUUUUCUUUAUGCCCUUGAGUACUAAUAACUUUGUCUAGUAUGGAGGUAUUUGCUGUUUUUCUUUUGGUGUUUUUUCUAAUGCAAUAAACUCAUUUCUGCCUGCUGCA